GUGUAGUAAAUUUACUUGUUUCAUUUUCAAAUGCAACUUUUAUUCCUGAGCGAAAUGAGACGAAUUCAAUGAAUUCCCAAAUAUCUGAGUUGAGAGCUGGUCAGAAACAUCACGACAAGUUGAUUGAGGGACUUUUCAAGGCAAUGGAUCUUCAAGUACUGAAAGCGGAACAGGAUCGACAGGGGAAAUUAAUAGAAGAUCUGGUUAAGGCAACGGAUAUUCAGAAUCGUCAGGAAAAGUUAAUAGACGGACUAGUUAAGGCAACGGAUAUUCAAAGUCUCAAAGCGGACCUAGAAGAACAGAAAAAAGAUGGAGCUGAUAAGGAUUCGAAAAUUAAAUUCCUUACAGAGGAGCUGACGCGUCUGGCAAAACUAAUGAGUGAUCUUGAUAAACAAUUUAAUAAUCAAUCCCUUAGAGUGAAGCAGGAAGAACAGAAAAUUGUGAUAAAAGAAGUUGUUAAGGAAUCGGAUAAAGACAAUUUGAAGCCCCAAACUGUCAAUUGUACCGGUGCCAAGUCAAACGGGAUUCACGUAAUGCUCCUCUCGAACUUUAGUAGUCAACCUUUUCGAGUGGCCUGUGAUGCGGAAACUCAAGGAGGAGGCUGGACGAUUAUCCUGAGGCGGAUGGAUGGAAGCGAGGACUUCUAUCGGAACUGGACCGAAUAUAAAAAAGGAUUUGGAGAUUUGAGUGGCGAAUUCUUCCUGGGGUUGGACAAAAUCCAUGCUCUAACGGCAGACAGAAGUCAAGAGUUGCUUGUGGUCCUUGAGGAUUUCGAGGGCAAUGGAAGAUUUGAGAAGUAUGAGGAGUUUGCCAUCGGAGAUGAGGAUCAACAAUAUGUCCUACACACUCUGGGCGAAGCGAGUGGAAAUGCCGGGGACUCACUUCGUAGUCAUUAUGACACGAAAUUUUCAACGUUUGAUCGGGAUAAUGAUAAAAGCAAUAUAAACUGCGCCGAAAGAUACACUGGCGCCUGGUGGUACGAAGAAUGUCACGACAGCAAUUUGACAGGAAAAUAUGGUGACAACUCUGUUAGCAAGGGCGUCAAUUGGAAAGCUUUUAAGGGUUACAAGUACUCCCUUAAAAAAGCCGUGAUGAUGAUUCGACCUAGAAAGUGAACCCUAAUCCUCUUCAAUAACAAAAACUAAUUUAAUGACUUGCGAAAUUCUUUAAUCUAAAUUCUGUUCACCUGACGAGCACCUUUAUCUUAUACUCGAUUGGUUUGCAGUUGGAGCCUCAUGCACUGAAAAAAAGACCACCUUUCGAAGUCAAGAACAUUCAUCGGAAAUAUUAAUAUUUAAGACCAUUUACUAAUACUUAGAUUAUUAAUCUAAAAAAUUAAAGUUCUUAAAUAUGAGUAAAAAUCGUAUAUUGUUAGGAAAGUAUAAAUAUGUCAUAUUUUAUCAUAUUUCACAAGUUGUCUAGUGGAGCUCUGGAUAAGGUCUCCGCUCAGACGGAAUUAAGAACGGGUUCGAGUCCCACUCGUUACAAGAAAAAAAAACAGUCAAAUAACAUUUAUUAGAUUUAACAAGUCAGAUAAAGUGUGUUAAAAAUUAUAAAUUUAAAAAUCUCUAUCUUGAUUUUAUUUUCAAGAACAUAAAUUCCUUUAA